AAUUCCCAGCACAUCUCACCAGCCUGAUUGGAUGCCUAAUUGAAGCCAUGCAGCGUUUUAAAUUUCUUGAGGUGUUUAUGCUGCUGGCAUUGGCUGUUGAACCAUCUCUGUCUGCGUACACCAAAAACCCAGAACAAAGAGUAGUUCAACCGUUGACUGGCAGGAGACCAUUAGGUCGGCGAUCCAUGCCAGAUUUUCUUUCCAAUCGACUGAUUACCCUUUCAACGGGCUCGUACCUCCUCAGCAACCAAACGGUGACUUGGUUUGAGGCGAUGGACAUUUGCGAGCGGCUGGGCAUGCAGUUAGUCACGCCAGACACUCCUGAGAAGGACGCAGACGUUGUCACUGUGAUCAAGCGAUCCGGCAUGAAUAGCUAUGUGUGGAUAAGUGGCACUGAUUUGGGCAUCGAGGACACCUUCUACUGGGCCACAACUGGGGCAUUGAUUGGCCCCUUCACAAAUUAUGGCCCGCGCCUAAAGCCCGACAAUUACUUCAAUGUAGAGCACUGUCUUCAUCACUUCUGGGACAACUUGUACUGGAACGACUAUGCGUGUUAUGCAAGAAAAAGGUUCAUUUGCGAGGUGAUCUCAGAUCCGACUAUUACACUUGAAGUUUAAUGCUAUUUUAAUGACGAAGGUUGCUGAAAACUUGUUAUAUAACUAAAAAUGAAAAAAAAGGAACUUUAGUUUUACUGCAGCCCGUUGGGUUAUUUAUCUCAAAAGUUUCAGCAAAGUUAUUGCUAGUAUUGGUUCUGUUUUUUCCAACAAAUCAAUGUACCUUCCCAACAAUUGAUUAUUUUUAAAAUGUAAAAUAAUAUGUAACAGUUGGAAAAUAUACUUAAAAUAUCAUGAAAUUUGUUUAUGAAUUAUAAAUGCCAGUUUUUUUUUUAAAUUUCAUAAAAAUUCUAAAGAAGUAUUUCAAACAAUAUCCUUUAUAUUAUUAUUUACCUUUAUUAUUACUAGUAAAAUAGAUAAUGUACUCUGUAUAAAUCUCAUUUCAACAA